GCCGCCUCCUUCAUUUGUUUCCAAAUUUAGCACUCAUAGACUCAGAGACUCCCCCCCCCACAGGAAAAACCCAUUAAACUAUUUUCAGCCUCACAUCACCUUUCUUCAUCUGGGCUGACUUGAUUUCCUGAAUCAGAAACUGGGUCUUGAUCACUUUCUUAACUAGUCCAUCACAAGAACAAGUCUCCAUGGAUUGGUAUUUCGGGAAUGGAAUUGAUGACCUUGUUGUUCCAAAUGAUGGAGGAUCUGACAGGCUUCCAUCACCAGAUAGCUGGUCAAAAUGGGGAAUAAGUGCAUCUGAGUACUUUCCUAAUAAAUGUUUUUCCAUGUAUCCACAAUUCAGUAAAGAACUCAACUUCAGCAGUGGGAAAGGUUUAUUUGAUGAAGGUGAGAUGGGAACUUCUGCUAAUGACAGAGAUCUAUCCAGCAGUUCAAGUGUUUGUGAAGGAUUGUCUGAGGGCUCUCUUCAGAAGACCUCACUUUCCUACAAUCGGGCCUACAAUCAACUUGAGGACGUAGCAGGACUACAACAGAUGGAUGACAUUUUCUUGAGUUCCUUACUUGAUGAUCUUCCUGGGGCAGAAAAUGUACAUAAAUCGUCGUUUUAUUUUCGCUCUGAUUCCAGUGGCAUGUUAGCCAGUGACAGUAUCUCGACUAGUAUGAAUUUGGAAUCACAAAGUAUUUCAAGCAGUGUUCACAGUGCUGGCAGCUCAAAGUAUCUCAAAACUCAUGCAUUUUCACCAGAAUUGGGUUCAGAGAAGGGGCAUACCACUACUUCACAGUUCAGUCCAUGCAACUCAGAGCAAAAAGACUCUCCACCAGUAAAGGCACGAACGGUUAGACUCAUGUCUCCAUCUGAGCAAGGGUGCAUGCCUAGUGGUGUGGAUGAGGAAACAUCAGUUGAAGAAUCUGUAUUGCAGGAGCUGGAAAUGGUGAUGACACAGUUGACCAAAAAGACCCGAAUCUGUUUUCGAGAUGCUUUAUACCGCCUUGCCGAUAACUCAAAAGGAAAUCCAGUUUCCCAGAGCCAAGAUGGAGACCUUGCUGUUGAAGAACUGUCUUCAUGGGCAGCACAUGAUGAAACAACGAGGUCUGGGAGCAAGGAAGGCACAGAAUCAGAGACAAACACCAUUGACCGUGCAAUUGCAAACCUCAUGUUUAAUGAGAUAGACUUCAAUGCACAAGACCUUUCUGGAGGAUCAUCAUCAGACUCCAAACAUGAAAUCAAUGGAGUGUCUUGUCAACAACAAUCUGACAACCCCUGCCGGCUACAAAUCUCUCAUUCGCAUCGCAAUUCAGUUUUACCACAUGAUGCUGAGGUUCCUAUACUUGGUCAAAGAGACGUGCAUAAAAGUUUCUCAACAAGUAAUGCUGGUGGAAAGAGGAAGACUCCAAUGAGUGAGUUUGGGUCUGCAACUGAGUUCUAAAAGGCCAUUUGAAGAGUGGCAUGACGGGAAGGAUCCGGUGGUCAAAGAACUUUAAAGAAAUUACUCUAAAGAUCAUUCAUGAGUUGCUUGUACAUAUACCCCAUAUAGUUAGUGUGCAAUGUUUAAAGAUUUGCUGGAUCCAUACGUUCAGCUCAGUUUUGAUCGGCAUGUAAAUGAGUGGAUUUAAUGUAGUAGCUUGUUAUAGACAUGGAUUUAUGUUUCUGUAAUGAAAACUAGUGCUACUAUUGUACUACUUCAUUCUGUUAUAUUCGGAA